GCCUCAUCUAUAGAAUUACAUCUACGUCUUUUGAAAUACAGCUGUUCCCUACAAGACUACUGCCGAAGCGAAGCGAGGUGAAGGGUCAUACACAGGCGAAGUUUUAGGCACGGUUGAGCAUGUACCGUCCAGGAUGCUCUGCAAGGGCCUUCGCCGGCUUCAAUCGAAGUGGAGACAAUGCCUUAUCCACGGGCGCAACCAGACUUGUCUGUAUUCGAAGAUAUGACAGAUGAAUACAGUUCUAUGUCGACGCCAGCCACGCCGGUAUUCACUCCACUCUCGUCUGCAGACACGUUGGCAGCGCUGGUACGCAAGGGUGACUUCAGAGGUGCUGAGAGGCUACGUCGAGAGAUGAUAUCCCACCGAAUACCCAUUGCCCGCGAUAGUCUCUACCAAAAGGCAGCGUUGAAUGUCAUUCGCGAACGACGUCCACACCUGAAACCUCGCGAUCGAAUACAAGCCUUUCAAGCUUGGAUGUCCCUUGUACCGGAUCGCGACGAGCAGGUAUGCACCUUCUACGCCAUCCGCCAGCACAUUUUUCGCAGUAUGGAUCAUCUCAAUUUGGACGUCGUACAUUGUUUUGGUCGUGUACUGGCUGCCAAGGGCUACUUUACCAAUGCCGGAGUGUUGCAGGUGGUUGCGACCUUGGCGCAGUACACCUCGCCUGCGGUAACGGAGAGCUACCUACAAACGUUGGAUACACGGUGCAGAACUCUCUCGGCUGCUUCGGGUGGGUUCUCAGCGGAGACCCUCAUGGAAGCCCCAUUUAACGUGGCGAUCAAGAAACAUGCAGUGGCCCGUCGAACAGACGCUGCCUUGCGUCUCGUGAAAAUCGCAUGCGAACGAAGAAUUCCAAUCUCACACGACACACUCCAGGCCGUCCUUAAGCAUGCCCCAAACCACCAGCAUGCCUUAGCGGAGAUCCGCACUCUCUAUCCUACAUUCUCAAUAGACCUCACUGCCCCCUCCCACUCGACGCCUCAGCGUGAUGUGAGUGCAGUUUCCGGCGAACUCGGGGACCUCCCUUCACGACUUCGGGCACUUCGGAAAGCUUUUCGUUCUUCAACACCUCCCCCGCCUUAUGUUUUGCUCCGCUUUAUCACAGAUUGUUGUGAGCGCGGUAGAUUCCACACCGUUUCCCUUCUGCGAAAAUUCGCCUUUCGUCAAUCCUCCAGAUCAGCAGCUUCGUGGGUGCUCUCCGAAAUGCUGUACCACCGCGAGCGGAGAGAACACUUGCGCGUGCUCGCUGCCUUCGCCAAGUAUUUCUACCUAGUUGGUGUACCUCGAAAGUCUGUCCUUUCGCUUUUGCGUGGUUCUGCCGGAAAAUCCAUCCGUCCGCAUGCGAAGAGUUUCGGAUUUGGUAUUUCUUAUCGCGUACAUUUUCCGCCAUAUCCCCUGAAGCAGCGACUGUGGCCCAUGCGCUCUCAUACCGCUCUCGUAUGGGAAGCGCUCGUGGCAGUAUCAGGAACCCAUGAGCGGAAACGGUUAUAUGGGUUGCUGCUGCAGCUCGUGGAGGGCGCGAAACGGGCUGGUGAAAAUACCAAACCCGCGUUGGGUGAAGGUUCUCCGGAUGUAUCGGAGGGGCAUCAUUCCAAACCUGCAUUGGAGCUCUCUCCAUCCUCGUUCGACUCGGCACACUUUUCUCCUUUUAUCAAGGUCCACGCGUCUCGAGAACGACCGGAUUGUGCGGCUCAAGUAGUGGCCGAUAUGGUGGCCAAUGGGAUCCAACCUAGCAUCGUGCAAUGGAGUAUGAUCGCUCGUGCCUAUGCGCAAGGUGGCGAUGCCACUACCGCACUGAGGGUCCUCGAUCAGUUGGAGGCUGGUGAGCGUGGGAGUGGCAUAGAUCCACCAGAUGGAGGGAUAUAUGGGAAGGCCGCGGAGGACCUGGACGGGACAAAGCGGAAAAGCGAAGAAGUCUCUCAUCGUAAUUUGCAACAACAACAGCCCCCUUCAGAUGGCCUAUUUGGUAUUUUUACGAAUGUGCUGCGGGGAUUUGUUCUUGCAAAAGAUGUCGAGCAUGCGCGCAGAGUCAGAUUGCGGCUAACGGAGGGUCUUGGGUAUCAAGUGGGUAAACGACCGGCAACCGAUGCUGUUAUCGAGAUGCUGACUGCGCUGGAAACGGGAAAAACCUGAACUCCUGAUAUAUACACAUACAAGAUUUGUUGCGUGGCGCAUACUGGUGAUCUUGGUGCAUUUACGACCCUUGUUACCUCUUGCAUCUGUGCUGCGCCAUG